AUGCUUAGCGCAAAGGCUAAGGCGUUUAGCAUAGAUAGUCUUUUGGCUGUCGGACCUAGUUUUGCUAGAGAAACAAGCGUGGACACUGACAACCGCGUUCACGAUCUCGGAAUUUGUCAUCAAGAACAUCCAACCAAAAAACAUAUUAGCAAGUGUUUCCAUCCGGCAUUGCAGACCAUUACAGAUGAUACGAAGGAGAUCACUCUCCAGAUAGAGUUGUGUCAGAAUGAUUUGUGGCACGCAUUCCACAACUUGGGAACCGAGAUGAUUAUAACCAAAACCGGAAGGCGAAUGUUUCCUGCAAUUAGAGUGAAGCUUCAUGGACUAGACCCCGGCUGUAAAUACUCCGUUUCACUAGAAUUUACUCAAAUAGAUAAACAGAAAUAUCGCUACGUUUAUCACAGUUCAAAGUGGAUGGUUUCUGGGCUUGGAGAUGACAUGAUACGAGAUCAGAUUUACCGCCAUCCAGACUCCCCGGCAGAUGGCGCUGUACUUGAAUCCCAGAUUGUUUCUUUUGAAAGGAUAAAACUCACCAAUAACGACUCCCCAAAAUACGGACAGAUUUCACUGCUCUCUAUGCAACGAUUUGUCCCCCGACUUCAUGUCCAUCAAAUCUCACAUGACGGAGUAAGUGUCCGUCACUUUAUGGCAGUAUUCCCACAAACCUCAUUCACCGCAGUUACAGCCUACCAGAAUCAAGAGAUAACCAAACUGAAGAUAGCUAGAAACCCGUUUGCUAAGGGCUUUCGUGAGGCCGGGAAAAACAGAAGUUCUUUGGAAGCCAUGCUGGAUUCCUUGUCUGCACACGGUGUUCGGCCUCAUUGUAAUACGAUUCCGAACAAAAGGCAGCAAAUAGGACCAAGAGAUGAGACAGAAAACAGCUUGGCUUUGUUUCUUUCUGGUAAAGAGAUGAAACUGUUUACCAAUGUAUGGAACAAUUCGUCGUGCAACAGUGUAGCUACAGAGAAAGUGCCAAAAUAUCCAUACCUUCUACACGUCCAACCACCAUCAUCACAGCUAGAAGUUCAGACACCUUGUAUAAACUUUGAAUCUGGAACAGCUGUCGGGGGUUUUCCGAACCAAGUGCCAUCUGAGCAAGCACCUGCUUGUAUAGAACGGCCCCCGGUACAGCGGCCCACCAACAGCCCAGUCUGGUGUUCUAAACUGCCCCUCCCUGUGUCCCCGAUAUGUGACUUCCAGGCUCACAAUGUCUCUUCUCACCUACUGCAUAUGUUUAGAUAUUCCUUAAAUAAAUAAAGAUUCGUGAAUAUC